CGAGUACGAUCCCCGAGCUAGAGCGAGAGCGCGAGAUCGGGGAUGGCCCUCUCGGUGGCGCGCCACCGCCGCGCGGCGGCGGCGGCGCCGUCGUCGUCGUCGUCGUCGUCGCCGGAGCGGUACACGAAGGAGGGGAAGGAGGGGCGGAGAGGGGAGGCGGAGGAGGGAGGCAGAGCGAUGUGGUGGGUGGUGCCCAUGGUGGCGCUGGGUAUGCUGCGGCACAUGAGCGCCACCUCCAACAUCAUCCACGACUGCGACGAGGUCUUCAACUACUGGGAGCCCCUCCACUUCCUCCUCUACAAAUCCGGGUUCCAAACCUGGGAGUAUAGCUCUGAGUUUGCCCUUAGGUCGUAUUUAUACAUUUUCCUUCAUGCAAUAGUAGCUGGGCCUGCUUCAAAAAUCUUCAAUGAGGAUAAGGUUCGAGUCUUUUAUUCGGUAAGACUCUUUCUUGGUCUCAUCUCAACUAUUACGGAAACAAUGCUGGUGGUUGCCCUUUCAAGGAGAUAUGGGAAGAGACUUGCUUGGUAUACUCUUGCAAUGCUAUGUUUAACCAGUGGUUGUUUCUUCGCAAGCACAAGUUUCCUACCGAGUACCUUCUCCAUGUAUGCUGUCACUCUCUCAUCAGCACUAUUCCUUCUCAGGAAGUAUGCUCUUGCAGUCUCUGUUGCAGCUGCUGGGGUGAUUCUUGGUUGGCCUUUCUCUAUUUUGGUUGUUCUUCCAGUCACAGUCUACUCAUUAAUCCGGGGGCCAUUCAAACGAGUAUUUUUAGCAGGACUAUUAACUUCGCUAAGCCUUCUCGCUUUAUCAGUAUUUGCUGAUUAUUACUGCUAUGGAAGAUGGACAUCCUCGGUGUUCAAUCUCUUGAAGUACAAUGUAUUGGGGGGUGGUGAGAGCCACUUGUAUGGAACUGAAGAAAUGUCCUUUUAUUUCAGGAAUGGGUUCAACAACUUCAACUUUUGCUUUGUUCUUGCCUUACUUUUUGUGGCAAUUCUACCAAUUGCAAAGAAGAAAUACGCCCCUGAUCUAGUAAUUGUUGUCUCCCCUGUGUAUAUAUGGUUGGCGUUUAUGUCUUUGCAGGCCCACAAAGAAGAAAGGUUUCUAUAUCCAAUAUAUCCACUAAUAUGCAUUGCAGCCACAGCCGUCAUCGAUAGUUUUCCAGAUCUUUUCCGCGAUCAGUUUGCGACUGAUGAGUCUCUCAUUGUUAAGAUCGCAAAAGGAUUUAGACCUUUGUUUCUCGGCCUUAUACUAUGUGCGUCACACAGUCGUACGUUCUCCAUCUUGAAUGGAUACUCUGCUCCUCUUCAGAUCUACAAACACUUAGAGCAUCAUGAAGAAAUUGGAACUGGAUCUUUAUUCUGUGUCGGAAGUGAGUGGCAUCGCUAUCCUUCAUCCUUCUUCGUGCCCUCUGACAUCCGUGAAGUCCGCUGGAUCGAUGAUGGAUUUCGAGGCCUUCUUCCAUUUCCUUUCAACACAACUUUGGGAGGCACCAAAGCUGCUCCACCUUACUUCAACAAUAAGAACAAGGCUGCCGAGGGGCAAUACUUAGAGGAUAUUGGGGCCUGUGACCUAUUGAUAGAGCUCGACUUGAAACGUCAGCAUCCUGCACGAGGAAGUGACUUGUCGACGUGGGAGACCCUGGCCGCUAUUCCUUUCCUUGAUAGAGAACGAUCGCCCGCAACGUACCGAUCAUUCUUUAUCCCGUACAAAUGGCAAGAGAAGAAUGUCUUUGGCUUGUACAAGCUGCUGAGAAGACUACCGAGGAGCCACUGAGAGCAAACAGAAGUGAAUUCGUUGCUCGCGUUGGGGGCUGCUGCUUUUGUUGUUUGUGUGGCUUCACUGGACUUCCAACUUAAAAAUAGAUUGUGCCUUUGUAAGCUUAUCCAGGCCUUCAAUAGGUUCCUUUUUCUUUUUUUUCGUCGGUUGAGCUGAAGAACAAAUUUUGUAUGAUGUAGUUCCACUAAUUCGCACCAAAACUGUGGGAUGCUUAUGUUUGCAAACUAACAACACCCUUGCUUUAUUCUUGUUU